AUGUCGGACUUAGUAGUUGGGCAGACAGUGCGUCUGUCAGAUGGCCGGACGGGCGUCGUGCGCUUCGUCGGCAGUACCCACUUCGCCAGUGGUGACUGGGUCGGCAUCGAGCUGGAGGACGACAGCGGCAAGAAUGAUGGCAGCGUUCAGGGCGAGCGAUAUUUCGACUGCGGCAUGGGCCAUGGCAUGUUCGUGCGGCCCACGACGCUGGCCAUCAUCGCCCAGGCGCCCGCGACGGCGAAGCCCGCAGCUCGAAGGCCUAGUCGGCCGACCAGCUUCAAUCCAGGCACCGGACGGUCUCAGACGGAUUCCGGAUUGACUAAGAGGAUGAGCUUGAAUGCCCCGAGCCCGAGCCCGGGACCUAAGGGGUCUCGACCGUCGUCGAUCACCAACCAAAUCACCAACAAAACAGCUCGGAUCGGCCACAUCGAGUACCGCACCAUCAAGAACAACCACACCAUCUAA